GAAUCAACAUGCAAAAGCAUUCCUUCUCGAUCAUCGAGGGAGAACGUACAAUCAAUCAAGAAGAGACCUUGCUUGGUUCGUUCUCCCACAUCUAAUCUAACAAAUUAAAACAUGGGCAACUGUGCUAGCUACCCCAAGACCAACGAAGGUGAUGAGGCCCCAGUGCCUGGGCCUGUGCCUGUCCCCGCCGAGGAGGUCAAGGUUGAGCAGCAAGAGAACAAGGCUGAGGAAACCCCUGUCGCCUCUGCUGACAACUCUCUAGUCACCUUGCUCAAUGAGAAUGAAGAAAAGAAAGAAGAGCAAGUUGAGGCCGAAGAGGAAGCCAAGACCGAGGAGGUGAAGGCUGAAGCCCAGAAAGAAGAGAAAGCCCAGACAGAGGAGGCAAAGCCUGAAACCAAUGAAGAGAAACCCGCAGCCAAGGCUGACAACUGAGAACGUGCAAACGUUGUUAGUUUAAACCUAAAAGGAUUGUGAUACUUCAAAUAUACAAAUGUGUUUCAUUUCCAUUUUGUGCUCAAAGAGGAUUCAUUAAAUUAAAUUAUUGUGGAAAUUGAUUACUGUUGAUUCGUUA